GGACGGUGUCGGCAGCGAAGCUCCACCUGCCCGGCCGUCACGAGGCGCUCCAUAUGCUGCUCCCGACUCCUCCGCAUGGAUACAACUAAGCACAGCACAAAGUGCAAGCGGAACCGACGCACCAAAGCAGCAAAGCAGUGCUCACCUCCAUCUCUCUCUCCCUCCUCUUUCUCUCUCUUGCUAUCCUAUUCUUCAAGAUCCAAGAAGAGGAGGCAGGAAGGCAAGAAGCUGUGGGAUACUACUGUAGAGCAAGUAAGUGGCAGAUUGGAGGGUACGUGCAUGGCCAGCAGCAACAAGUGGUGGCAGGCGCCACUGGACUUCCCGCCGCCGCCGCAGCCCCAGCACCAGCAGCAGCAGGCGGUGUCCAUGCUGGCGCUGACUACAGCGUCAGCUCCCACGGCUCCAGCCACCGCCGCCGCCACCUCGCCGGAGGGCAAACAGCAGGGUCAGCAGCCGGGUGCGGCGGGGGCCAUCGUGCCGCUGCGGAGGCCGCGGGGCCGGCCGCUGGGGUCCAAGAACAAGCCGAAGCCGCCGGUGAUCAUCACGCGCGACAGCCCCAACGCGUUCCACUCGCACGUCCUUGAGGUGGCCCCCGGGGCCGACGUGGCGGCGUGCGUCGCGGAGUACGCGCGCCGCCGGGGGCGCGGCGUCUGCAUCUUGGGCGCGUCCGGAGCGGUAGGGGACGUCGCCGUGCGCGGCGUGGCGGCGCCGCUGCGCGGGCGCUUCGAGCUCCUCUCCGUGACGGGCACCGUGCUGCCGCCCCCCGCCCCGCCAGAGGCGUCCGGCCUCGCCGUGCUGCUAUCCGCAGGCCAGGGCCAGGUCGUCGGCGGCUGCGUCUUGGGGCCCCUCGUCGCCGCGGGGCCCGUUACGAUCUUCGCCGCCACCUUCGCCAACGCCGUCUACGAGCGCCUCCCCCUCCCCGACGCCGCCGACGUCGACGUCAAGCCCGACCUCUCCACCGCUACCUCAUCGGGGCAAGAAGGGCAGCCGCAGCUGCCAUUGGUGCCCUCCCAAUCUCAGGUCAUGGGCGCGGCCUACACCGACCAUCGCUCGCCGCCGUACCCCUGGGGAGGCAGCGUAUGAGCAACCUCAGCAUGGUUCUUGGCGUUCUUGGUUUUCUUGAUCUUAAAAUUCACUAGAGAACUAGGUUUUAUCAAGUUGACUGUUGGGCAAAUACAGCAUGCAGCAUGCAUGGAAUUGAUUCAUUGGUGCCCUUCUUGGGCUCUUGUAAUUUCCUUCUCCUUCAGUUGUGAUCUUGUUGUGGAAAAUUGGAGUGAUAUGACCAGAAGGAACCAAUGCUUUGGUGCAUUGAGCGAUCAGCAUCAUGCUUGGAGGUACAUCAGGCAGGCCAAGUGUUUUGUGUGAGGUGAGUGUUCUAGUUUACAAGCUUGGUUGAUACUUAGAAACUGGCUUUUAGCCUAGGGCAAGUAAAUGGAGCUCAUUUAUCAUAUCCUCCUUGUAUUUGAUUAAUGCAAUGAGAGAUUUGGGAUUGAGUUGCUAAGUUGUGCUGCAUUUUGUC